AUGCUCUACAUUCCAAGGAUGACCGAGGGCCUUUCCAUUGGAGUCUCUGAGUCGAUAAGUCCCCGAUCGCUGGAUACCGAUGAUUUCGUAGGGUCCUUCCUAGCGGGAUCUGACCCUGGAGUCAUAGUACCGAGAGACGUGUUGCUUGUAAGCUUCGUUCCGAAGGUUGGCUUGUGCUUGGCGUUCUUCGAGCAAGUCGAGGCUCAAAGUGAGCGCCUCUUCAUUCGCUUUCGGUCUGAAAGCUUCCGUUCGAUAGGAAGGCUCUCCGAUUUCUACUGGGACUACCGCUUCCGAGCCGAAAGCAAUGGAGAACGGUGUUUCCCCAGUUGCCGUUCGGUAGGAUGUCCGGAUGGCCCAUAA